CACAAACACACCUCACGUUUAGUAACCACCAAGAGAUACAUAGACUGAGCACCCAGAAAACCUCGCAACGAUGAGGUCUCUCGGCCGCACUUCGGUGUGCUUUCAUCUGGCCCUGCUUCUCCUCCUUGCAAUGGUCACGGCGGAUGAUCCUAGCCUCGCUGAUGGCGGGAGGCUCAUUGACCUCAAGCCUUCACCGAAACCGAAUCCAAAACCGAUGCCUCAACCCAACCCCAAAACACCGUUGCCUAACCCAAAGCCAACGACCCCCGUAAAGCCGGAACCUAACCCGACUCCAGACCCCGAUGUCAAGCCACAACCAAAACCAAUGCCUCGUCCGAAUCCGAAGCUAACCCCCGUGAAGCCAGAGCCUAAACCGGACCCAGAUGCCAAGCCACACCCGAAGCCAAUGCCACAGCCGAACCCGAAGCCAACCCCUGAUGAAAAGCCCAAACCUGAACCUCAGCCAGGGUCGUUCCCAGUGUAUUCACUAGACACGGUUGCCGACAGAGCAAACCCAAAACCCGACCCGCAACCUAACCCUAGGACAAACCCAGAAAAGCCGGACCGAGACGUCAAGCCACAACCAAAGCCAAAGCCCCAGCCAAUCCCAAACCCCACUCCUGCAAAGCCGGAGCCUAAACCACAGCCAGGACCAUCCAAGCCGACGCCAUUGGACUCACUGUCAGUUCGCUCCGUCAAGGGGAACCCAAAGCCUGAUCCACACCCGAACCCCAAACCGACCCCCAAGCCAACACCAAAGCCGCAGCCAAACCCCAACCCCCAGCCGGGGCCGUCCAAGCCGAAGCCGCCGGUGUACGCACGUCGCGCUGGCUCCGACAAGCCCGUCAACUGAGCUAGCGAGCUGGCUCGUGGAACAUGGAUGCGAUGAUCAAGCAAUCUGUCACGUAUACGGACAAGCUUAAGUAAGGUAUCCAUCCAUGGAAUAAUCAGCAGUGUCGCUAUUAGUGGUGUGAGUUGUAAAGUGGUACUGCUUGUGCACGCGUUCGUGUGGUGCAUACUUGCAUGCGUACCUAUGUACGUAGGGAUCUGAGUAUGCGUACCUAUGUACGUAGGGAUCUGAGUAUGCCUGAAUCUCGAGUAUUUAUGCUUCCUAAUCAUGUGUGUACGACCAGCUUUGUGUAUCCAUGAUCAAUAAUGACAUUAAUCUA